AUGUUCAAUAUCUGUAAUUUCCAGCAUGACCGCAAUGCUCUCAAGAAGAAAAAGCAGGUCGCCGCCAACACGAGAUUCGUUGCAGCCUCUGUGCAGGAGGAACUCGGCGCUACACAGCAUGCGGUGGCAGCACUGGAUUUCGGGGGAGACAGAGCCUGCAUUCGAAUUGGUGAGAUGAGACAUCCGUCGCUCACCGUUGCACUCCUCCCGGACACGGCGUUCGGGCCAAGGGCGGAUCAGAUCACAAUCUCAGACCCAGACCUCAAACGGUUCAAGCCCCGGCGCCACGAGGGAUCAAGUUCUCCUUUGAAGCGCAGAGUUUCUUAUUUUAGUGUGUAUGGCACCAAGACACAGCCCUUAUCAUUCAACACAUUGUUCUUGUACAUCAACUUGACCCUGACUAAGAAGGGCUUGAACGAGUAA